AUGCCGUGCCUACGCCAAGAGUUCAUCAUGUUGCAGCCCUGUGCAAGGUUACGCAAACUUAGACCAAACUUCAAGGAAACUGGAGGUUCUGUUACUGCUGGCAAUACUUCUAGCAUAAGUGAUGGUGCUGCAACAUUAGUUUUGGUUAGUGUAGAGAAGGCAUUAAAGCUUGGGCUUCAGGUCAUUGCAAAAAUCACUGGAUAUGCUGAUGCUGCUCAGGAACCCGAGUCAUUGUUAUUCCCAGAGCUAUCUCCAAAGCAGGGUAGGAGAUUUCACAAAUUGAUUAACGAAGCCUUCAUAGUUGCAGCCCUGCAUAUCAUAGAAACAAUAUCAGUUUUAGCAAAUUCCACAUACUAA